AGUCCAGUAGGUGGCGGUAAUGCACCUUUGAAGUUGGUUGCUAGGAGCCAAUAAACUUCAUUAGAAGAAGAAUUCCUCAUUGGCGUCGCCCUGUGCUGAAAGGUGUGCUUCAUGGCGGUGGCAGUUUCUGCGGGAGGCGAGGCUCUGAUGAUGGAGAAUGGACAGAGCACCGCCUCAAAGCUCGGCCUGCCGCCUCUCACCCCUGAGCAGCAGGAGGCACUGCAGAAGGCGAAGAAGUAUGCCAUGGAGCAAAGCAUUAAAAGUGUGCUUGUCAAACAGACCCUGGCUCAUCAACAACAGCAGCUCACCAACUUACAGAUGGCAUCGCUGACAAUGGGCUUUGGCGAUCCCCUCUCACCUUUACAAUCGGUAGCGGCUCAGAGACAGCGAGCAUUAGCCAUCAUGUGCCGAGUGUACGUGGGCUCCAUUUACUACGAGCUGGGAGAGGACACGGUCCGGCAGGCCUUUGCCCCGUUCGGCCCCAUCAAGAGCAUCGACAUGUCCUGGGACUCUGUUACAAUGAAACACAAGGGUUUUGCGUUUGUGGAGUAUGAGGUGCCUGAGGCAGCCCAGCUAUCCCUUGAGCAGAUGAACUCCGUUAUGCUGGGAGGGAGAAACAUUAAGGUGGGACGACCGAGCAACAUCGGACAGGCCCAGCCGAUCAUUGACCAGCUGGCAGAAGAGGCACGCGCCUUCAACCGAAUCUACGUGGCGUCUGUGCACCCCGACCUCUCGGACGAGGACAUCAAGAGUGUGUUUGAGGCGUUCGGCCGGAUCAAGUCAUGCACUCUAGCGAGAGACCCCACUACAGGGAAACACAAGAGCUACGGCUUUAUUGAGUACGACAAGGCUCAGUCCUCCCAGGAUGCAGUUUCCUCCAUGAAUCUCUUUGACCUAGGGGGUCAAUACCUGCGUGUGGGCAAAGCGGUCACCCCCCCCAUGCCCCUGCUCACUCCGACCACACCUGGCGGACUCCCCCCUGCUGCAGCUGUGGCGGCUGCAGCUGCCACAGCCAAAAUCACUGCCCAGGAGACGGUUGGGUCAUCGGUGCUGGGAGCGCUGGCUGGACCCGCCCUCCUCUCUCAACAGUUGGGUGGCCUGCCCCAAGCCGUCAUGGCAGCCCAGGCCCCGGGGGUCAUCACAGGGGUAACCCCAGUGCGGCCCACUUUGCCUGUGCUACCUCAGGUGGGCCUGGUCAACCCAGUGCUGGCCUUACCACCGGUGCUGGUCACCUCUCUGGUGGCAGCCCAGGAGGCCAAGAAGAAGGAAUUGGAGGAGGAGGCCGUGCAGGACGGGACGGGCCAGGAGCCGCUGAGUGAGCAGGAGCACAUGAGCAUCUCCGGGAGCAGCGCCAGACACAUGGUCAUGCAGAAGUUGCUCCGUAAGCAAGAGGUGAGGUUGUCUUCUCAUCUAGUGUUGAUGUUGAGAGUUUCAAACCAUUUCAACGUGUGGAUCACGGCCUCACGUCUUCUGUCGACGGUGAUGGUGCUGCGGAACAUGGUAGGACCAGAGGACAUCGACGAUGACCUGGAGGGUGAGGUGACUGAGGAGUGCGGCAAGUUUGGUGCUGUCAACCGUGUCAUCAUCUACCAGGAAAAGCAGGGCGAGGAGGAUGAUGCGGAGGUCAUUGUCAAGAUCUUUGUGGAGUUCUCCAUGGCGGCAGAGAUGAACAAGGCCAUCCAGGCACUCAAUAAUCGCUGGUUUGGAGGUCGCAAGGUCAUUGCUGAGGUGUACGACCAGGAGCGCUUUGACAACAGCGACUUAUCUGCAUAAGACGUUCUGACCUUUCUGAAAGAUCUCUACUACGACCACAACCUCUGGUGUUUCUCUCUCCCUCACACACAUACACACACACACUUACACAGACAAGGCUGCCACGCACCACUGUAGGUGAUGCUGGGCUCUUUUUAACCAGUUUUUUUUUUAUUUUUAUCAAUGUUGAUAUUAAUAUUAUUAAUGCUCCUGUUUGGGGACACCGACAAAGCAAGGAGACGCUAAGGGAUUUUUUAAUUAUUAUUGUGGCCUACUGUGAAGGGCUGGAUAUUUGUUUCUGUAUUGUUUUCAGUUUCAUUUCCCUGAUUUUAGUUUUAUUUCGGUUACACCUUUUUUGAUUAAGUCAAUUCUACAAAGGUUCUCUUGUUAUAUAGCUCUUGGUGUUAAUUGCCCAAAACAAUAAAUUCCUCAUGAAUUCAUA